AUUAAUCACAAUUAAGGCAGGGGAUCCGGAGAGCCUCGAGCGCUCUGGGUCUCCGCCGAUCCUCGAGAUUGCCGCUCGAACCGCUUCAUAGACUCGCCCUCCGGUCUCGUCGCCGCGGCGAGGAGGGAGAGCUCGAGGUGCUCGCGACGGCGACAAGGGCGGGCGGCAGCGUCUUAUCCUCCUCCCCCCCCCCCUCCGCGGAGCGCCGCUACCGAAUCACAGACCCCAAGGCGUUGCUUCCCCAGCGCAGCGCGCGAUGUCGGUGUCCGUCGCCGAGGGCGAGUCAGUCGGCGAGCUGCUGCUCCGCGCGGCGGCGCUGGUGCCAGCUGAGCGCUACGCGCUCGCCGCCCUCGUCGUCGUGUUGGCCAUCGUGUACCGCUUCCUCGAGCUCCACGUCAUCGGCGACCUCCUCCGCGGCUUCCGGGGCGGCCGCGUCGAGCUAACCUUCCAUCCCGCUUCGGAGAUCUACCACCUUGUCGCCUCCAGGUGCCGCUUCCUCCACGGAAGGUACCUGGCGACGCCAUGGCUGGCAAGCCCGCAUUUGCAGACAUUGUUCCUGGGUAUCUCCGGGAGGCCACCUUCAUUCACAUACAAGAGACAGUUGUACACAGUUCGCGAUGGUGGAACCAUUGCUUUGGAUUGGCUGCUGGCCUCUGAUUUGGAAGAUGCAGAUGGUUUCAUUUCUAAAGAUGCUUCAACACCCCUAGUAGUUGUGGUUCCUGGGUUAACUAGUGAUUCUGCUACUGCUUAUGUAAAACACUUGGCUUAUUCCAUGGCAAGUAAAGGGUGGAAUGUCGUUGUAAGCAACCACAGGGGUCUUGGUGGUGUGCCAAUUACCUCAGAUUGCUUCUAUAACGCCGGCUGGACAGAAGAUAUCCGAGAAGUCAUUACUUACCUGCAUCACAGAUAUCCAAAGACCCCGCUGUUCUGCGUCGGUACAAGCAUAGGUGCCAAUGUUCUGGUUAAAUAUCUCGGAGAAGAAGGCGAGACUACUCCUGUGGCUGGUGCUGCAUCUAUUUGUUCUCCAUGGGAUCUGCUGAUAGGUGACAGAUUUAUUUCCCGCAAGCUUGUGCAACGUUGUUAUGACAAAGCCCUUGCAAUUGGUCUGAAGGGCUAUGCAAAGCUACAUCAACCUGUCUUGGCCCGACUUGCAAACUGGGAAGGUAUUAAAAAGUCACGCUCUAUCCGGGAGUUCGACCACCAUGCUACUUGCAUUGUGGCAAAAUAUGAGACGGUGGAUACCUACUACCGCCGGUGCAGCAGUGCUGGUUACGUUGGAAAUGUAUCAGUUCCCAUGCUUUGUAUCAACGCUUUGGAUGAUCCCCUUUGCACAAGAGAGGCUAUUCCUUGGGAUGAAUGCAGGGCCAAUAAGAACAUUGUCUUGGCAACUACUCCGAAUGGUGGCCAUCUUGCUUUCUUUCAAGGACUAACUGCUGGAAGACUAUGGUGGGUCGGAGCUGCUUCUGAGUUCCUCUGUGCUCUUCAUGACAGCUCCUACAUGCAUCGGCAGAAGGUACAAGAUCAUGUUUUGCACUCUUCCUUGGAAUCAUCCAUUGAUAAGAGCCCGUAUGUUAAUAUCAUGGAAGAUGGAAUGGUAGCUCCAGUAACAAAUGAUGGCCCUUGCAAUGAUGGCUCACAUUCUAACCAUACAGUUGAUGAAGUAGAAUUUCGUGAUGUGGUGAGUGUUAAUCAACAGAAUGAAGUACACACUGAAAAACAUAAUGAACACACCAGUGGAGUGGAGAGCAAAGGCCCUGCAGGAUCUGCAAAUCAGCAAGGCGAGGAUCUCUACGGUAAUAAGCUCCAUGAGAUAAUUGCUCCUGUCAAGAGAUCCAUAAACCAACUGACUCGAUACCAAGGGAGGUCAGUCUGGUUGCUUGCCUACAUUGCUUUUGUAACAUCAUGGCCGCUCCUCGGCUCCCUUGCUUUUAUCACGUUUAGGAAAAAGUUCAGGAAUCCGUUGAGAGCUAAAUGAAUAAGAUAGAUAAAACCCGCUCGUAGUGCCUACAUGUAUUUAUUUCAUUUGCAUCAUGUAAAACCCAAGAACUAUUUGAGGCCCCAUACAGCCAUUUGAUUUCUUAAGUUCUUCACACCUUUUAUGAACAA